UUGAGCCAACCCAAACUUUGUCGAUGGCGGUGAAUUUUCAAACCCUCAAUUGAAACCCUGUGCCCGAAUCUGGAAAAGCGAAGCUAACAUCAGCUAUGGUUGUCGAUUAAAUUACUCUGUUCGAUUUUGUAGUCUUGUUGACGUCGAUUUUCAUUUCUUCAAACAAAGUUCGUUUCUUCCAUUUCCAUGGCGUUGGGAGUUUCCAAUGGGACUAUCUUUGCAUUGCAACCACGAUUUUUGGAAGCAAAAACACAUACACCUUGUUUUUCUUGCUACAAUCUUUCUAAAUAUAAACUAUAUGGACAGUUGUCAUCUUCUAGAUUGCCUAAAAAUCUAUGUAUCGGAAAUACAUUGUUUGUAAGAGCUGGCCCAAAGAAAAUCCAUUUUGAUACAAAGUGUAGAGAAACACUACAAGCUGGUAUAAACAAGCUUGCUGAUGCUGUUUCUGUGACAUUAGGACCCAAAGGGCGCAAUGUGAUUGUUGCAGAUUCUAAAAGUUUGAAAGUAAUUAAUGAUGGUGUUACCAUUGCAAGGGCCAUAGAACUUUCUGAUGCAAUUGAAAAUGCAGGGGCAAUGCUUAUUCAAGAGGUUGCGUCUAAGGUGAAUGAUGCAGCUGGUGAUGGUACUACAACUGCAAUUAUAUUAGCUCGAGAAAUGAUCAAAUCUGGGCUCUUAGCUAUUUCAUUUGGUGCUAACCCUAAUGGUUUGAGACGAGGAAUGGAAAAAACUGUAACAGAACUAAUAAGAAUAUUAAGGAAGCGCAGCAUCCUCGUUCAGGGGCGAAAUGAUAUAAGAGCUGUGGCUUCCAUUUCUGCUGGAAAUGAUGACUUUGUUGGGAGUAUCCUUGCCGAAGCCAUUGAUAAAAUUGGGGCAGAUGGUGUGAUCUCUAUAGAGUCUUCCUCAACAUCUGAAACUUCCGUAAUUGUUGAAGAAGGAAUGAAGAUUGACAAGGGAUAUAUGUCGCCUUAUUUUAUUACAAAUCAGAAUAAAUCAACAGUAGAGUUCGAUAAUGCCAAAGUUCUAGUGACUGAUCAGAAAAUAUCGACAGUGCAAGAAAUCGUUCCCUUGCUAGAAAAGACUGCUCAAUUAAGUGUACCGUUGUUGAUCAUUGCUGAGGAUAUCUCAAAGCAAGUCUUGGAAACAUUGAUUGUCAACAAAAGCAAAGGACUUGUUAGAGCUGCUGUUGUCAAAUGUCCUGGAUUUGGGGAUGCUAAAAAAUCGUUGCUGCAAGAUAUUGCUCUGAUGACAGGUGGUGACUUUUUGUCGGGGGAUCUGGGUUUGAACAUUGGAGAUGCGACUUCAGACCAACUUGGUAUAGCCCGCAAAGUGACCAUAACGAACAGCACCACUACCAUCAUUUCUGAUGAUUCUACAAAAGCUGAAAUCCGAGCAAGAAUUUUGCAGAUAAAGAAGGAUUUAGCUGAGACUGACAGCUCUCAUCUCUCCAGGAAGCUUGCAGAAAGAAUUGCAAAGCUGUCUGGUGGUGUGGCUGUGAUCAAGGUUGGAGCUCACACCGAGACAGAACUUGAGGAUCGUAAACUUAGAAUUGAAGAUGCGAAAUGUGCCACUUUUGCUGCCAUGGAUGAAGGAAUAGUUCCUGGUGGUGGUGCUACUUAUAUCCAUUUAUCCAAAGAGAUUGCCUCGAUUACUUCUACCUGGGGAGAUAAUGAUGAAAUAAUUGGAGCUGACAUAAUAAGAAAGGAGUUACUAGUGUUUGUGGCAGAAGGAAAUGACAUGCACGUGUUUUCCGUUUAACUGUUGGUUUCCGCUGUUACUUGAGCAGAUACAAAAUGGGGGAAUCGGAUAUCAUCUUGUAACGGUAAUAGAAAAAUAAGCAAUAACCAAACACAAGGAAAUGGAAAGAGUUUUUCUAUUCCGUUACAAGACCUAAAAUUAUCUAAAAACUUGUUCUCAUUACCACCAUGUAUGACUUAGUACCAAACAGGGCCCAAUUGUAUUAGGUUCUGAUGUCGAUCCCGGUGUAUGGCUAUGAAUAGAUUGAGAACCUCAGGCCUGGUUUUGGAUUAUUUUGAGCGGACCAUAACUGAUCACAAGUGGCAGACUGGCAGUACUUCAUCUUCACAAAAUUUAGGGGGUCGAGGGUGUCUUUUACUAUCUGCAGUACUUUUAUGAAUCCUUGGACGAUGUUAUCUUUGGACACCAGUAUUUCUGGAAUCUGGAGUCUGGGUAUUCAUUUUUCUUGAGUGUCUUCAUUGAAAUUUAUGUCCGCGGCAAUUUUUUUCUAUGAAUCCUACAACAAUGUUAAAAGCCUUAACUGAAGAUGGUGUUGCUAUGUGAACCAACACGAACUUUGUAAGUGAUGGUAAUAAAAAAUGCUGUGUUCUCUAAAAUUUAAAUUACAAUGAUAGUCUUUAUGUAUUUCGUCAUCUUUAUCUUCCUCUUUGCUCCUGUAUGUGCUUGCAAGUCCUGCUCCUUAUCAUUCUUUACCUGUUUUCUAUAAAUCCUAGCACUUCCAAGAAAACGGCUUCACUUCAGUUAUCUCGGUUGAAAUAUAUUGCUCACGUCAAGGAGGUCUGUAGACCAAAUUGUUUGGUAGGGAGAUAUUCAUUAUCUCAAUAAGCCUUUAGAAUUUUGAUUCGGGGUACGGGUUCUAACAUGGAGAUAGUUUCCACUCCUAGUGUGCCCUCUUUCUGUUUGUCUACAUUCGAUAAAAGAAGUACCACUCUACUUUUUGUCUUUCUUUGCCUGUGGGCUUUGUAGCAGCUGUUUAUCAUGUAUGAUGUAUCAUAAAUUACCAUCAUUUUAUUUGAGCUUUUGAUGUUCCUCGUUAAGGUUUGAAAUGCUGGUCAAGCUUGUUUGCUUUAUCUAGUCCCUACAUCCCAUAUUUGAGAACCCUUUGAUUGUUUGUUUGACCUCAUUGGAUGCUGCAGUUAAAUUCCUAAUUCUGCUUCGUUUCAUUUGCUUUUACUUAAUUUUAGCAUAGUGAAUAGUUGCAGACUCGAGCUUUAUAUUGUGUUUAUCUCAAAUAUUUUGUUGGGUUACUAAAAUCUGCUUACACUGUCGGUAAUACUUGGUGAGCUUGGCAUGCUAUCAAGGGUUGUACAAUGCUUGUUUUGAUUCAAGGUAUUGUGAAAUUCAUAUUG